AUGGAGGAAAUAAAGGCUAACUACAAGAACGCCUUGGACAGUGCUUCAGACAACUUCUGGGACCUGGCACGUUUGCAGCCUUCCUGGAAUUUUGCCAAGCUCACACCGACGUUUGCUUCGAUGCAAGAAUGGCCGUUGCAGUCUCCGCCUGUCGUGCUGGCCGCCAGCGAUCAAGCCCCCUUGGUGGUGGUGGGGGAGGCCAUGCAGAGGCUGCAGCAGAUCAUGCCCGGUUCGCGGCUCGAGUUCAUCCCGUCCAGCAAGUGGUCUUGGCAUCUGGAAGGGGAAGAUGUCACGAAUGAAGUGUCCUCACUGUUGGAGAGCAUUCUCCCGUCCCGCGCCAUUGCUACAUCUUUCGACAUUGACGUGCAGGUGAACGGAGAAGAUAGGAAGGUUUGUGUCAUUCAACCAGAUCUUACCCCAGUUGCACAUGUUUUAUAUGUUGGCCUUCCGCGCUUUAUCCCAUGGUCGCUUCAGUUGCCGCACCUGGCAGAGUGGGCCAGCAGAGAAUUUGUGAAGAUUUGGGCCAUUAACGAGGACAGCGUGAAGCCCGCGUUGCUGGAGGACGACAAUCCACGCGUUUUCCAGGAUGACUUGCUUGCUGUUGUCCAUGGCUUGCUGCCACAGCUGGGUGACAGCUUCGUACUAGUCGACAGCUCAUUCGGCCCUGGCACCUUCCUGACAUGGGAGCUUCGGCCGUUUUUGCAAGGUGCCUUGAUCAUCAAUGUGCAUUUGUUCAAGGCACCUGACUUCGACGAAACCGAGCUGGCACAGAAAAUCAAGAAGAGGAUGGCAUUUCUAGGCGAGACAUACGGCAGUCGUGACUAUGACAAAAUCCUGCCUUUACUGUCCGACUUUACCUACCCUACUGGUGGAGCAGAGGGCAUGGAGGAAAUAAAGGCUAACUACAAGAACGCCUUGGACAGUGCUUCAGACAACUUCUGGGACCUGGCACGUUUGCAGCCUUCCUGGAAUUUUGCCAAGCUCACACCGACGUUUGCUUCGAUGCAAGAAUGGCCGUUGCAGUCUCCGCCUGUCGUGCUGGCCGCCAGCGAUCAAGCCCCCUUGGUGGUGGUGGGGGAGGCCAUGCAGAGGCUGCAGCAGAUCAUGCCCGGUUCGCGGCUCGAGUUCAUCCCUUCCAGCAAGUGGUCUUGGCAUCUGGAAGGAAAAGACGUAGCGGAAUUCAUCUCGGAGCUCCUGGCCUCAGUUUUGCCCGUGGGAGUGGCGGACCACUCGUCUCUGCAGGACAUCACCGAUCAGUUCCCGGUCCUCGACACUCUGGGCGCAGUGCCCAACAUCACCUUGGACGGCUGCAAUGUCAGCUCCAAUUUUCCGUCGAGAACAUUGCUCAUGGCAUUCGUUUCAUCCGUUGUGGCGACUCUUCUACUCUCCGUGUCUGACUUGACGGGCACAGGGCAUCUGACAUUGUACAGUGUGCGCUAUACGAUGACGCUGCAUCCCAGCGAUUACGUCAUGUUUGCCGUGCUCGGUGUUGCCGGUGGUCUGGUCGGCGCCCUCUUUAACGCAUUGAAUAUCAGGUGGUGUGCUUUCAAGGCAAAACCUGCAUUCAAGCGAUGGUUGGGGCCGGUGCAGGAGGCCUCCUUGCUCGCGUUCGUAACGCUUGUUUCGUCCUGGCCGCUGAGCCUGACGCGAUACCUCAUGGCCCCAACAAUUCAUGCUCUCUUUGACACGUGCAGCGACGAGCCCGGCGAGACGGUGCGCAGCAGGUUGCAAGCCGAGUUUGGACUUUGCACAGAGGACGGGUACAGCAAUUCCUCUGGCAACGGCCUGCUGACCUCCCUCGGCCUGGCAGCUGCGCUCCGGUUCUGCCAGAUGGUCUUCACCAUUGGCUCGGCCUGCCCAGCUGGACUUUUCGUCCCGUCCCUCUUCGUCGGCGCAUGUUUGGGGCGGUGCCUCGCGCUGGGUCUAAAAGCACUGAACGCAGGCACCCGAUUGUUUCCAAACAAGGUCGAUCCUGGCGUCUACUCCAUGGUGGGCGCGGCCUCGGUCCUUGGAGGAGUCAGCCGCAUGACGAUAUCUCUGGUCGUGAUUAUGCUGGAGCUGACCGGAGGCUUGGACUACGUGGUGCCUUUCAUGAUUUCUGUGUUGCUGGCCAAAGCUGUUGGCGACUCGUUGAACGAAGGCAUUUACGACCUGCAGAUCGUUUUGAAGGGUUAUCCCUUUCUGCAUGAAGAGUUGGAUGUAACCUUCACGGAGCGGUGUUGUGAUAUCAUGGAGACAGGCUUAGUGAAGCUCGACGUGAAGCUUCGCCCCCGUUUCCUUGACAUCCGUGUAAUGGUCCGGGCAUUCACGUUCCGUGGCUUUCCGGUGGUUGAUGGCGAUCGUUUUGUUGGCUACACCCGUCGAUCAGCGUUGGAGGACUGGCUCUCGCGAAUGGAGCUCGUCCGAGGCCAGAACGAGGUGGUGACUCUGGAGGAUUUGGGUUCCGUCAUCGACUCUACGGUCAUGCGCAUGGUGCCCGACGCCCCGCUGACUCAAGCACACCAAGUCUUCAAGCAGCUUGGCUGCCAGAGAAUCUUCAUCGUGGGUUCUGUUCCCGGGGGCCAGCAGGAUCUGCUGCGAGGGAUCCUAACCAAAAAGAGUUUCCUCAAGUUCCUCCAAGACGGCACAGUAGGGUGUAUGCCCGACACGCUGCAGUACUCAACGUUAGAGAGAAGCGGCAACUUGCGAUUCGCGUACGGGGGGCCUCAGCAAGAGAGCACUGCCAGCCACAUCCGGGUGGGCGAAAUUUUCUCAGUUCUCAAUGCAGCAGCAGAGGCUGGCGAAGAAAGCAGGCCAGCUGAUGACGGCGCCAGCCACGCCAGCCAGGGAGCCUCGGCGAGCGAUGAAGAGGCACACGAACGAAGCCCUAAAUCGCCGAGAUUGUAA